UUCUCUUCUCGUCAGUCCUCCCCUGCCGUGCGGUGGCGCAAAAUCUCGCCGGAGACUUUGAGAGAGAGGGGCAGUGGAGACAGAAAUCGCCGGAGCUAGGAGUAGUCGGAGCAUGCCUCUGUCGACGACGAAUUCGAUGAAGCAUCCGAUUCUUCCGGUGUCAGAUCCUCCGCCGGCCGGAGAAAUCGAGAGAGACGGUAAAGGCGUCAGCGACAGGCUUUUCAAAGGAUCCGCCAUGACCAAACGCGGAGCUUAUGCCGCCGUUUCAUACAUGGCUUGCGCUGUUCUACUCGUGCUUUUCAAUAAAGCCGCUCUCUCUUCCUACAAGUUCCCAUGUGUAAAUGUUAUCACAUUGUUCCAGAUGGUUUCGUCGUGCUUGUUUCUAUAUGGGUUAAGAUGCAGGAAGAUCAUCUCCUUUGCAGCUGCUGACUCUUUUUCCGCUUCUGAUAGUACUGCACCGACUUUUGUGCCGCUGAAAACAGUGUUUCACACCCUUCCCCUGUCGAUAACCUAUCUUCUCUACAUGCUAGCCUCUAUGGCGUCUAUCAGGGGGGUAAAUGUUCCCAUGUAUACAACUCUUAGGCGCACUACAGUGGUGUUUACUAUGGUGAUUGAGUACAUGCUUACAGGACAGAGAUAUUCGCAGUCCAUCAUCGGAAGCGUUGGUGUGAUCGUGGUUGGCGCAUUUUUCGCCGGAGCUAGGGACUUGUCAUUUGACUUUUAUGGAUAUGCUGUCGUUUUCUUGGCAAACAUAACAACGGCAGUGUAUCUAGCAACCAUUAGCCGGACUGGAAAAAAGAGUGGCUUGAAUAGUUUCGGGCUGAUGUGGUGCAACGGAAUAAUAUGCGGACCAAUAUUGCUUGUAUGGACAUUUAUCUCGGGUGACUUGGAGAAGACGCUGGAGUUUCCUUAUAUAAUGAACCCGGGUUUCCUGGUGGUGUUGAUGUGUUCGUGCAUACUGGCUUUCUUCUUAAACUACAGCAUUUUUCUGAACACAACUCUAAACUCGGCUCUCACUCAGACGAUUUGCGGCAACCUCAAGGAUCUGUUCACCAUCACACUUGGGUGGAUGCUCUUCGGGGGACUUCCAUUCGACAUACUGAAUGUGAGUGGGCAGCUUCUUGGGUUCAUAGGAUCUGCUUUAUAUGCCUACUUCAAGAUAAUGGGAAGGUGAAUUUCGUGGCGUGGUGGGAUGAGAGACUUCUGAUGAAGCCUUUAUAUAUAGAGAGUACGACUAUUUAUUCUUUCACGAACCUCCCGGACCGGAGGAGAGGUAGCCCUUUUGUUUUUGUAAAAUUUUCAACGGCUUUCUCAUCAUCGAGAGGGCUGCAAAUGUUGAAAUUAUGCCAUUAAUUUAGGAUUUAAUUGGACUCA